AGACACAGAAGCACCUGCUCUGCUGUGCCAAGCCCACCCUGGCCCACCAUGGGAACCCACUCCAUUUGUGUUGGAAGUCUCCCUGCUCAAGGAUACCUAGCUGCUGGGCCACGAGAACCGCUGCUGCACCUGUCCUGGGGGCAUGAUUCGACCACAAAUAUUGUGGGCAGAAAAGCCAGCACAGCAGACUCAGUGGAAAGACUGUUGCUCUCAGGGAGCCUCUCCUCCUGAGUCCUGGCCCUCCGAGGGGACCCUUGUGCCGAGUGCUGCUGUGCCGCAAGGACCCAUUUCUGAAAUGAAAGCCAUGCCUUGGAACUGGACUUGCCUUCUCUCCCAUCUCUUGAUGGUGGGGAUGGGCUCCUCUACUCUGCUCCCCCGACAACCCCCACCACCGUCCCCGAAGCGGUCUUUUGUCACAUUCCGUGGGGAGCCAGCCGAGGGUUUCAACCACCUGGUGGUGGACGAGAGGACAGGGCACAUUUACUUGGGGGCUGUCAACCGGAUCUACAAGCUCUCCAGUGACCUGAAGGUCUUGGUGACCCACCAGACAGGGCCGGAUGAGGACAACCCCAAGUGUUACCCACCCCGCAUCGUCCAGACGUGUAACGAACCACUGACCACCACCAACAAUGUCAACAAGAUGCUCCUGAUAGACUACAAGGAGAACAGGCUCAUUGCCUGUGGGAGCCUUUACCAAGGCAUCUGCAAGCUUCUCAGGCUUGAGGACCUCUUCAAGCUGGGGGAGCCCUUCCACAAGAAGGAACACUACCUGUCGGGAGUCAACGAGAGCGGCUCCGUCUUUGGAGUGAUCGUCUCCUACAGCAACCUGGACGACAAGCUCUUUAUCGCCACGGCAGUGGAUGGAAAGCCGGAGUACUUCCCUACCAUCUCCAGCCGGAAGCUGACCAAGAACUCGGAGGCAGACGGCAUGUUUGCUUAUGUCUUCCACGAUGAAUUUGUGGCCUCGAUGAUUAAGAUCCCUUCGGAUACCUUCACUGUCAUCCCCGACUUUGAUAUCUACUAUGUCUAUGGCUUCAGCAGUGGCAAUUUUGUCUACUUUUUGACCCUCCAGCCUGAGAUGGUGUCUCCACCAGGCUCUACCACCAAGGAACAGGUCUAUACCUCCAAGCUUGUGAGGCUCUGCAAGGAGGACACGGCCUUCAACUCCUAUGUGGAGGUGCCCAUCGGCUGUGAGCGCGGUGGGGUAGAGUACCGCCUGCUGCAGGCCGCCUACCUGUCCAAAGCCGGCGCCGUGCUCGCCCGGACCCUCGGAGUCCGUCCAGAGGAUGACCUCCUCUUCACUGUCUUCUCCAAGGGCCAGAAGCGGAAAAUGAAAUCCCUGGACGAGUCGGCCCUGUGCAUCUUCAUCUUGAAGCAGAUCAAUGAUCGCAUUAAGGAGCGGCUGCAGUCCUGCUAUCGGGGGGAGGGUACGCUGGACCUAGCCUGGCUCAAGGUGAAGGACAUUCCCUGCAGCAGUGCGCUCUUAACCAUUGAUGAUAAUUUCUGUGGUCUGGAUAUGAAUGCCCCCCUGGGCGUGUCGGAGAUGGUGCGCGGCAUUCCCGUCUUCACGGAGGACAGGGACCGCAUGACUUCUGUUAUCGCAUACGUCUAUAAGAACCACUCUCUGGCCUUCGUGGGCACCAAAAGCGGCAAGCUGAAGAAGAUACGGGUGGAUGGGCCCAGGGGCAACGCGCUCCAGUAUGAGACGGUGCAGGUGGUAGAGCCCGGCCCAGUCCUCCGGGAUAUGGCCUUCUCCAAGGACCAUGAGCAGCUCUACAUCAUGUCAGAAAGGCAGCUCACCAGAGUCCCUGUGGAGUCCUGUGGUCAGUAUCGGAGUUGCAGCGAGUGUCUGGGCUCUGGCGACCCCCACUGCGGCUGGUGUGUGCUCCACAACACGUGUACCCGGAAGGAGCGCUGUGAGCGGUCCAGAGAGCCCCGCAGGUUUGCCUCUGAGAUGAAGCAGUGCGUCCGGCUGACCGUCCAUCCCAGCAACAUCUCUGUUUCCCAGUACAAUGUCCUGCUGGUCCUAGAGACAUACAAUGUCCCGGAGCUGUCAGCUGGUGUCAACUGCACCUUUGAGGACCUGUCAGAGACGGAUGGGCUGGUGGUGGGCAAUCAGAUCCAGUGCUACUCCCCAGCAGCCAAGGAGGUACCCCAGAUAAUCACCGAGAACGGGGACCACCAUGUCGUCCAGCUGCAGCUCAAGUCGAAGGAGACGGGCAUGACCUUUGCCAGCACUAGCUUUGUCUUCUACAAUUGCAGCGUCCACAAUUCGUGCCUGUCCUGCGUUGAGAGCCCAUACCGAUGCCACUGGUGCAAAUACGGACGUCUGUACCCAUGACCCCAGACUUGCUCCUUCCAGGAAGGCCGAGUCAAGCUGCCUGAGGACUGCCCCCAGCUGCUGCAAGUGGAUAAGCUCCUGGUGCUGGUGGAGGUGCUCAAGCCCAUCACUCUGAAGGCCAAGUACCUCCUGCAGCCACAGUCCGGGCAGCGCGGUACGAAUGCAUUCUCAACAUCCAGGGCACGGAGCAGAGGGUGCCCGCCCUGCGCUUCAAUAGCUCCAGCGUGCAGUGCCAGAACAUCUCUUAUUCCUAUGAAGGUAUGGAGAUCAACAACCUGCGGUGGAGCUGACGGUCGUGUGGAAGGGCACUUCAACAUUGACAACCCAGCUCAGAACAGAGUUCACCUGUAUAAGUGUGGAGCCAUGCAGAGCUGCGGGCUGUGCCUCCAGGGACCGGACUUCCAGUGCGGCUGGUGCCAGAGCCAGGGCCAGUGUACCCUGCGGCAGCACUGCCCCGUGCACGAGAGCCAGUGGCUGGAGCUGUCGGGCGCCAACAGCAGGUGCACCAACCCGCGCAUCACAGAGAUAAUUCCAGUGACAGGUCCCCGGGAAGGGGGCACCAAGGUCACCAUCCGAGGGGAGAACCUGGGCCUGGAAUUCCGGGACAUCGCUUCCCAUGUCAAGGUGGCUGGUGUGGACUGCAGCCCCUUGGUGGAUGGCUACAUCCCUGCAGAACAGAUCGUGUGUGAGAUGGGGGAGGCCAAGCCCAGCCAGCACGCAGGCUUUGUGGAGAUCUGUGUGGCCGUGUGUCGCCCCGAGUUCAUGGCCCGGUCCUCACAACUCUAUUACUUCAUGACGCUGACUCUCUCGGACCUGAAGCCCAGGCGGGGGCCCAUGUCUGGGGGCACCCAAGUGACCAUCACAGGUACCAACCUGAAUGCGGGCAGCAAUGUGGUGGUGAUGUUUGGGAAGCAGCCCUGCCUUUUCCACAGACGCUCUCCGUCCUACAUCGUCUGCAACACCACGUCCUCAGACGAGGUGCUGGAAAUGAAGGUGAUGGUGCAAGUGGACAAGGCCAGUAUCCACCAGGACCUGUUCUUCCAGUACGUGGAGGACCCCACCAUCGUGCGCAUCGAGCCGGAGUGGAGCAUCGUCAGUGGAAACACACCCAUCGCCGUGUGGGGGACUCACCUGGACCUCAUACAGAACCCCCAGAUCCGGGCCAAGCAUGGAGGGAAGGAACACAUCAAUCUCUGUGAGGUUCUGAAUGCUACUGAGAUGACCUGCCAGGCUCCAGGCUCUUGCUCUGGAGCCCGAUCACCAGUCGACCUGACCGAGAGGCCUGAGGAGUUCGGCUUCAUCCUGGACAAUGUCCAGUCCCUGCUAAUCCUCAACAAGUCCAACUUCACUUACUACCCCAACCCUGUGUUCGAGGCCUUUGGGCCCUCAGGAAUCCUGGAGCUCAAGCCCGGCACGCCCAUCAUCCUGAAGGGCAAGAACCUGAUCCCCACCCCACCCCAUGGCUGGGGGCAACGUGAAGCUGAACUACACCAUGCUGGCGGGGAGAAGCCAUGUGCUGUGACGGUGUCCGACGUGCAGCUGCUCUGCGAGUCCCCCAACCUAAUCGGCAGGCACAAAGUGAUGGCCCGCGUCGGGGGCAUGGAGUACUCCCCGGGGAUGGUGUACGUCGCCCCAGACAGCCCGCUCAGCCUGCCCGCCAUCGUCAGCAUCGCCGUGGCCGGCGGCCUCCUGGUCAUCUUCAUUGUCGCCGUCCUCAUCGCCUACAAACGCAAGUCCCGCGAGAGUGACCUCACGCUGAAGCGGCUGCAGAUGCAGAUGGACAACCUGGAGUCGCGCGUGGCGCUCGAGUGCAAAGAAGCUUUUGCCGAGCUACAGACGGACAUCCACGAGCUGACCAGUGACCUGGAUGGAGCCGGGAUCCCCUUCCUGGACUACAGAACCUACACCAUGCGGGUGCUGUUCCCCGGGAUUGAAGACCACCCGGUGCUCCGGGACCUCGAGGUUCCGGGCUACCGGCAGGAGCGCGUGGAGAAGGGCCUGAAGCUCUUCGCCCAGCUCAUCAACAACAAGGUGUUCCUGCUGUCCUUCAUCCGCACGCUGGAGUCUCAGCGCAGCUUCUCCAUGCGCGACCGCGGCAACGUGGCGUCGCUCAUCAUGACGGUGCUGCAGAGCAAGCUGGAGUACGCCACCGAUGUGCUGAAGCAGCUGCUGGCCGACCUCAUCGACAAGAACCUGGAGAGCAAGAACCACCCCAAGCUGCUUCUCCGGAGGACUGAGUCAGUGGCCGAAAAGAUGUUGACCAACUGGUUCACUUUCCUGCUCUACAAGUUUCUCAAGGAGUGUGCCGGGGAGCCUCUGUUCUCGCUCUUCUGUGCCAUCAAGCAGCAGAUGGAGAAGGGGCCCAUCGACGCCAUCACAGGAGAGGCCCGCUACUCUCUGAGCGAGGACAAGCUCAUCCGCCAGCAGAUCGACUACAAAACCCUGGUCCUGAGCUGUGUCAACCCAGACAAUGCCAACAGCCCCGAGGUCCCCGUGAAGAUCCUCAACUGUGACACCAUUACUCAGGUCAAGGAGAAGAUUCUGGACGCCAUCUUUAAGAAUGUGCCCUGCUCGCACCGGCCCAAGGCUGCAGAUAUGGACCUGGAGUGGCGACAAGGAAGCGGGGCAAGGAUGAUCCUGCAGGAUGAAGACAUCACCACCAAAAUUGAGAAUGACUGGAAGAGAUUGAACACCCUGGCCCAUUACCAGGUGCCGGACGGUUCUGUGGUGGCUUUAGUGUCCAAACAGGUGACAGCCUACAAUGCAGUGAACAACUCCACCGUCUCCAGGACCUCAGCGAGUAAAUACGAAAACAUGAUGCGGCAUACGGGCAGCCCCGACAGCCUCCGCUCACGCACACCCAUGAUCACCCCCGACCUGGAGAGCGGAGUGAAGAUGUGGCAUCUGGUGAAGAACCACGAGCACGGGGACCAGAAGGAGGGUGACCGGGGGAGCAAGAUGGUGUCCGAGAUCUAUCUGACGCGUCUCCUGGCCACAAAGGGCACCCUGCAGAAGUUCGUGGACGACCUCUUCGAGACCAUCUUCAGCACGGCACACCGGGGCUCCGCCCUGCCCCUGGCCAUCAAGUACAUGUUCGACUUCCUGGACGAGCAAGCCGACAAGCACGGCAUUCAUGACCCCCAUGUCCGCCACACCUGGAAGAGCAACUGCCUGCCCCUGCGGUUUUGGGUGAACAUGAUCAAGAACCCGCAGUUUGUGUUCGACAUCCAUAAGAACAGCAUCACGGACGCCUGCCUUUCUGUGGUGGCCCAGACCUUCAUGGACUCCUGCUCCACGUCUGAGCACCGGCUGGGCAAGGACUCCCCCUCCAACAAGCUGCUCUAUGCCAAGGACAUCCCCAGCUACAAGAACUGGGUAGAGAGGUACUACUCGGACAUCGGGAAGAUGCCGGCCAUCAGCGACCAGGACAUGAACGCGUACCUGGCGGAGCAGUCCCGGAUGCACAUGAAUGAAUUCAACGCCAUGAGCGCGCUCUCGGAGAUCUUCUCCUACGUGGGCAAGUACAGCGAGGAGAUCCUCGGACCUCUGGACCACGAUGACCAGUGCGGAAAGCAGAAACUGGCCUACAAACUAGAACAAGUCAUGACCCUCAUGAGCUUAGACAGCUGAGAACCGUCCUUCCAGGGCCCCUGGGGGGAGGGACACACCAAGCCGUGCCUCAGUCUAGAUUAUCAUCUUUACCAAGUGCAAGUUCCAACUGGCGUCAGCAGCAUCCCCUGAGCAGCGCUGUCUCUCUCCGCCUCUUUCUGUCUCUCCCUCCUCCCUGCCUCUCUUCUCUCUCUGGGGCUCUGCCAGGGUGAUCAAACCAGGCCACCGCCCCUCAGCAAGUCCCAGAGGGCCAGGCUCACACGGGGACCCGGCCAGAAGAUGACAGAGGGGCUUUCUUUCCCGGCUGACCACAGACAUCAGCAGCAGGGCCCGAGAACGGAGGACAAGCCACGGAGAGAGGAUGCUCCUCCACCUCCCACCUGGGCCGACCCUUGGUCCAGGGAAGAGGCAGUGAGCUCAGUAUUAUCUUCAUUGAGAAGACUCACCUGGCUCUCUUCUGUCCCCCGUUUCCAUCUCCACGGGGAUCCCCCAGGGUGUGGUCCCGUUGCAAGUGUGAGAAGAAAGGCCACAGCUCCUGCUGUGGGAGAGGGGCGCUGGGAGGUGUUUUUCGAGCCGCCUCUCACCUGUUGGGUUGGCAUCCAGAGGCCACCUUUUCCCCCUGCGGUCUUCUUGGAGUCCUUCCAAGUGCUCCUCGGGACCUUCCUGCUCCAACCCCUCCCCAGCCUGUGGAAAGCCAGACAGGAGACACAGCAGUUACAUGCCACCGCGGAUACCCUCCUGACCUUCGAGUCUGGCUCCGAGCAGCAGAAACAUCCCACAGAAGGGGAGAAAUGGAAAGAGAGUCGCGCCCACCCUGGAAGCAGAAUGUGUUGUUUUCCACUCACCCCCAAAUGCAAAUGAAGCACGUCCACAGUCCCAGGCCUCAUCCAUUGCCAGAUCCUCGAUGCUGUCUAGAGAAAGUUCUGGCAUCCUCCUCGGUCAGCGCUCAUCUAGGGUCAGUGGAAAACGCAGAGUACAUCCAGGAGAUCCUACCUCCGGCCACCGUCACUGGCUCCAUCCCCAGCACCCCUCCUGAGAACUCUAUAGAAGGCUGGGGCGGACAGCCGAGCCCCUGUCCCCCUGCAGAGCCCUAUGCCAUUGCUAUGCAGAUGACCUUGUCACUGGACUCUCCAGACCUCCUUGGCAAUGACUCCUUUACCAUCUGCUGCCUCUUUAGUCACUGCCUUUGCCUCACUUCCUCCCCAGUCAUCGCAGAGAGAACCACACUCAAGCCCAGCCCCACGGAGACAAACCAAAACGCCAGCCACACUCAGCCCCCAGCUCGCCAUGUCUGGGAGGGACCAAGGACUCAAGCUGAAGGACCUAGAUGACAACGUAAGAAGAGGCAUACAGCGGACCUCGGCCCCAGCAUCUGUCUCUCCACCUGUCCUUCCAUCUCUGGAUCUCUCAUUUCAGGCAAAUGUGUGCUCAGACAUGGGUGAGCAGGGGCUGUGGUAAGAGACGGUCUCAUGGAAGGUCACGGAAACCUGAAUCCUGAAGGGACCUUAGUUGCCACCUGGCCCAGUUUCCCACCCUAAGCGGGAUUCUCUCCUGGCAGCUCUGGUGGCUAAUUGUCCAUGGCUCUGGGAGACAAGAAGCAUCAUCCAAGGUGUGGUUGGGAGAGAGGGUUCUGGUCUUGCCUUUGCUCCCUGAGCAUCAGACAUCCAUCCCUGUCGUCCUCUCCAAGUGAGCCCCAGUUGGAACAGGGAAGGAACCACUCCAUUUCCAGCAAAGCCCAUGGAGCACCCUAUACUUUUAGGAACCUGGCCCCUUUGGAUAGGAGUAUGUGUGUGUGUGAGCUUGCAUGCACAUGUGCAUGUGAGUGUGUGUGUGUGCACACACACGUGCGCCCCAGGAGCAGGCAGAGAGCUCAAAAGGAUUUUUAGUCCUGUGGAGGGGACCCUCUAGUGAUUCCCUUCUCCUCCCUUGCUCAUUGAUUCUACAGCUUCAGGACAUGUCAACACUAGCUUUCUGUGCUAAGUGCAGGUGGGGGGAAGGAGAGUCACCUGUUCGCAGGAAACCAGGGUGCUCCGUGGCCGCAGGAGGCCUGGACUCGACUAGAGGCCGGGUGGAAGGUGACCCACACCAGAGCAACACGUGGCAUCAAGGAGAGGACAGAUGGGGACAAAACUCCAGUAGCCUAGCCUCAGAAAGAGGAGAAUGGGGGAAAGAUACACAUCGAGGGGGAAAAAUAACCAAAGGUUUUGGUGAAUGAAGUGCCAGGUGAAGAAGCACGGGCUUUCUACCCUUGACCGGUUUAUUUCCAACCGAGAAGUCACGGCCCCGACCAGAGAGGAAGCACGUGGAGGGCAGAGGCACCACGGCCACUAAGAGAUAUUUGCACACGUGAGGGGUUGGGUUGGACAGAGACACAAACAUAUUUAACACAGAUUCGCUGAGUGGAAGCUGAGAGUGUGUGUGUGUGUGUGUGUGUGAGAGAGAGAGAGAGAGCGCAUGUGUGAAUGAGUGUGUGUGAUUUAUUUUUUAAGUUUUGCACAGUUAGAAAAAAUGAACAGGCAGAAAAGAAGACUGUUAUCAUGGUUCUGCUGAAGCUUUUAUUUUUUACCGGAUUAUUAUUAUUUUUGUUAUUGUUCCUUUGUCGGUACAGAACCACCCCACCCCCCUGCCCUGCCCCUGCCCCGUUUUGUCUUAAGAGAAACUUCAGACACCUCAGAGAGACCUCAACAUCAGGAAGAAAGAGGAGAGGACAGUCUCCCGCUUUCUUUUCUCCUGGAGAAGGGGCUGGGGCAGAUUUUACUUUAAUUGCUAGGGUGGGGGGGGUGGUCGCUGCUGGCUUUUUUUUUUUCUUUCUUUCUUUCUUUUCCCCGAAGUCUCUGAGGCCUGCUUGGGCUGGAGAAACAGGAAUCACCCCGAGCUGCAACCCGCCUUGCCCCACCAAAAAUUCUCUUUCCUUUCUCCUUUUGUUUUCCAUUUUUUCCAUUUGGAUUCUUGGUACACGUGUGAUUCAAAGUAAUCAGAAAGCUGUCUUUCACUCCCCGUGUUCUUUCCAAAACUCCCCUUGGGAUCCCGGUCUCCUCCUGGCAGGCCAGAGACCCCGAGAGCUGCCCCGAGGGGUAUGGGGGCCACCACACAGCAGAGAAGGGAGCUGGGCAAACUGGUCCUGGGGGAGGGAGGUCCCCUCAAGGCCUCCCUCCCCCAUGGCAGCAGAUUUGCCGGGUGAUAACUCUGUUUAAGGUGGAAUCUUUAUUUAACUUCUUGAGUCCCUGGAAGAGAGGAAGAGAGAAAAGGCCCAUCUCCUCUCACCUGCCCCUUCAACCGCCUCCUGCACCCUCUAGCCUUUGAGACCACCAGGCUCCAAAUGGCGCUGGGAGACCACACAGAGUAACUGACCUAGGUUACGGGGGAAUUUUGAAUGUAGGAGAGAGAUGGGCUGCAACUGGGGUGGUGGGAGAGAGGGAGCUUUACAGGGUCCUGAAUGUAAAAGGAUGGAUGGAGAGAAGCUGAGACAGAUGACUUCAGGUGGGUCAUUGCUUUCGGGGAGCACAAGUCUCCCCACGUGUGGGCUUUGUCGUUCUUCGUCCUUCCACAUAAGGGGAGACCCCAAUAUUUCUUGCUAACAGCAAAGAGUGCCAAUAAGUGAGUAAGUGAAGUUGGCUACUGUGUCAGUUAAUUCCUCAGGAAAAUACUUUUUCUUGCCUUCUUUCAGUGUGGUUUUAAUUUGGGGGCAGAGGACUGCCUGUCUCCAGGCCAGGGUAGGGUCACACCCCAGAGCAACACGCACACCCAGAGUCAGCCCUAGAGCCUCCCUCUUGUAAGCCCAUUGGCCGAGCGUGAGCAGGGCUGUGGUCUGGGAGGGAGGUCAUUGUCGAUGAUCCCAAAGUGAGCAGACUAUCCAGGACUGUGCCAGGCAGGGGCGGGAGUCCACUCAGGCCUGGGUCUCUCCCCCCAGCCCUAAGCUAAUGUCGAGGUACAGUCCCAGCACCCCCUCUCCCCCAACCCGAGAUCCUUGUGCUUGUGUUCCCCUUGCAUGUCUGGCUUCUGAGAGCGUCUCUCCCCUGCAGAGGCGAGUGUGCCCCGUCGUUCCCCUCGUCCCCCUUGCCUGCAGCUGCUCGCGGAGCCUCUGCGCCAAGGCUGCGUAUUUCCUGGCACGGGAGCCUCACACCUCACAGCACCCCCUCCCUGGGCAGCUUUAGGCCCCGUCACCGUCCCAGCACUGCCUCCCUGAGAGAUUAGGGGCCCCAGUCCCACCUGGGCCCUGGGGAUCCCCCAACAGAAGAGCCACAAGCAAUGAUUUCCCAAGAGGCAAGUCCUGCUGAUGUUUCCAGCACCCUCAACAACCACGUGCUUUGCCUCAAAAGGGGAAGUCCUGUUUUCUGUCUGUCCCCUUUCUCAGGAAUCAGGGGACACUUCCUUUGGCUUCACAGGAUGUAAAGUCAAAUACUUAACCUAGCGAGGGUUAAAGUUAAUUAUUCUUAAUCGAGAACAAACUCCCACCAAUCAGAAAGCAAGGAGGGAGGGGAAGAGGCAGGGAGGUUCUGCGGGGUCGGAGGCCCAGGGACACCCCUUUCGUGGCCCUUCCAGGGAUGGGCUGCCCCAACAAGCGGUCCCAGCAGGGGUCUGAAAGGCUUCCGAGAGGCAUGUCUAAGCAUGAAUACCCUCCAGGUAACCAGAGUCCCCGGGAGAAGACCCUGCCCCAGGCCGAUCCUGGCUCUCUCCUGGCCUUUCCUCUUGCUUCUAGUUCACGUCAAGGACCUCCUGUCACUCCCCAUGCCUCCUGUCAACAUCCAGGACAGGUGCCUGAGGUUCCCUGACUCUGCAGCCCCUCCCUUUUUCUUUAACCUGUACGUGGACUGUCUACUUGGGGUUUGAGGGGUUUUGUUUGUCUAUGUUAAGCAUUGGAGAUUAAGGAAGGAGCCCAGGUCAAGUCCAAAUUGCUGAAAGGAGGAAAAAACUCUUCACCUAUGACUUGCCAGGAGAGCCUUGGGGCUAAGGAGGGGGGCUCCCCCUGUUCUUAAAAAAUGGGUCAGGAUAUUGCCCAGGCAUGGACAUGGCUGCUAAUAUUCGUGGUGCUUCCCGGGCACCUCUGAUGGCUAGAGCCGGGAUGCUGCCCCUCUCCUCCCACAGAUGCGGCCAGUGACAGCCAUUACAGAGUGGGAAGCUAAGGCACAGCCAUGGGACAGGCCAGAGAGGCAGCUGCAGGGAAAGGCUGGGAAGCCAGGAGCCCCUGUCCUCAUGGUUCCAAGAGCGGCAAAGCCCUCCACCAGAAAACCGAGAAAAAGACGGUUCCUUCCAUUCACAAAGGAAUCUCUAUAGUAAAAGUUUCAGACUUUGAAGAGAGACUUCUGUUUUUAAUUAACAAGUUUUUGCUCCCUGACAAAAUUGUUUUCAUUUUAAUUAGGGGGAGUAUCCAACUUUAUAAAACAUACAGGAUGUUUUGGUUGUAAAGGUGAUACAACUUGAACAGUAGAAUCCCAGUUAAAUUUUGUUAGGAGACAGGUGACUACCCCAGCUAAGCGAAGCUACUAAACAAAACGAGAUCCCUAAUAAAUGAAAAGAGGUUUCUGUCCUCAUUGGCAGAGAUAGUGACGUGGGGGGGGGGGGGGGCGUAUGCCCUCCGUCAGGUGUGUCACGUCUUCCCUCCUCCUCACCCCCCUUUCGCUCUGUCCAGCCUUGGCUCUCUGGGCCACCCCUAGUGUUGCUGAGCCCCUCUGCAGUUCCCAUCAGCUUCCCUCAAACUGGAGGGACUCCCAGUUCAGGAUUGGUCAUGGAGAGACCCAGUUCCCUCCUCUGAGAGGGCAAACGCUCAUGGCAAAUAGACACGUUCUGUGCAGCUCACCUUCUGUUUCUUUUGAACUGGAAUUAGUUCUUUUGUUAGUAUCUUUGAUCUUAUGACUCAAGCACAUUUUAGAAGGGCUCCCUUCCAAGAGUGGGAUUCAAAACAGAGGAUACAGUUAAAGAGCAACGAAAAGGAUACAACCAAGCACGACCGCUUCCCAGACAGGACUAACGGAUGAGGGUCAGGCCCAUGACCGAGAUGCACUAUGUGUCUCAUGUGCUGUCCUUCCUCCUCCCUCCCCUGAUGUUCUCCCCAGCUGUUGGCUCGUUAAACCUUCCGUUCUUUAAAAAGAAAAGCUAGUUUACCUCAAAGAAUCUUGUUUCCAUUUGGAAACCAAUGACUUUGUGUUUUUAGAGUAGACGGCCCUCCCCCCAUCACUCCCUGCCUCGGUCUGGCAUCCCUGAGGCCUGAGGUCCUUGCUUGGUCAUGCCAUGGCAAUGCUGACCAAGAACAAGACCUCCCAAACCCUGACAUAGACAGGAAGGAGUGGGUGCAGCUGGCCCCCCCCGCCCCCACCUGAGCUGGUAGGGACCAGCCCACCUCUUCCAGCAGGGUCCUGCCCAGGCACCACAGUAACCAGCAACUCCAGUGUACCACCCACAGAGAAUGGCUCAGUGAGCGGAGGCAUAGGGGGAGCAGUGUCUGGCCUGGUCACAUGACCCAGAGUCAAGUCCAAUGCUAGAGGGAAGAGGAGAAACAGGGAAGACGAAUGGGUGGUCUGAGAAACAGGCAGAGGCCUUUGAGUCUCGGUGAGAGGCCGUUGAAGGAAGUAGGGCAGGUCACUCCUGCUCUGGUCACCCCCCUCCAGCCCCGCCCCACCUCUGAUUCCAUAAAUCUCCACCUUGAACACCGACCCUUGGUUAGGACAAAGCAAAACAUAUCUUUAGACAACAGUGUUACAAUGAGCCUCAAAGAUAGGUGGAUGGAAUCUAUUAGAGGAAGAGGGUCUUCUGGUUUUGAUUUUUGACAAAGAGUAUCCUAGUAAGGUUAAAAAAAAAAGAUUUAAAAAAAUAAAGUUUUUAAAAAGGAAACCUAUGCUAUUUAAAUUGGAGCCCAGUUGUAACUUGGUAAAGGCAAGCUUCUGUACCUUUGUUAUAAUUAAUUGUAUACCUGUGUAUGUAAAUAUAAGGCAUUCCUAUUUUGCAGUUCAGAACAAAAAAAAAAAAACCUAUUUGUAAUAUAGAAUAAAGUUUAUUAAAAAAUAAU